AUGGGUAUCAAGGACUUCUACAAGUCCGACAAAUCCAAUGGUGCUGUCACACCAGAGGUUGACAACUUCUCUCUUGGUUCUGAACAAGAAGCUGCUGUUGUUGAAGUUGAUCAAAAUAAGAAAGAAAUUGGCUUUAUUUCUGCGACUUCUUUAUGUCUUAACAGAAUGCUUGGUGCUGGUGUUUUCUCUACCGGUUCCACCAUUUUUGCUCUUUCUGGGUCUGUUGGAACAUCUCUUCUUAUGUGGGCCGUCGGUUCAUUAAUCGCCUUUACUGGUCUUUAUACUUAUAUUGAAUUUGGUUCUGCCAUUCCAAGAAAUGGUGGUGAAAAGAAUUAUUUGGAAUACGUUUUCAAAAAGCCUAAGUUUUUAAUUACUGCCAUGUAUGCAUCUUAUGUAUUCUUCCUCGGUUGGGCUGCUGGUAACUCUAUUGUCGUUGGUGAAUAUCUUUUGAAUGCUGCUGGUAAAGAAGUUAACCAAUGGAACUCAAGAGGAAUUGGUAUUGCUGUCAUUACUUUUGCCUUUUUAAUUAAUGGUGUUCAUGUAAAAGCUGGUUUAUUUUUAGGUAACAUUUUGGGUCUUUUCAAGAUUGUUAUUGUUUUAUUUAUUAGUGUAACUGGAUGGGUUGCCCUCGGUGGUGGUAUCAAGGUUAACGAUUUCCAAUCAACUGGUAACUUUAGACAUGCCUUUGAAGGUGAAAGUAUAACGUUAUUUGGUCGUAUGUCGGUUAUUCCAACGUUAACUAUGCCCUUGGUGAAGUUAAGAACCCUCAAAAGGUUUUGAAAUAUGCAGCUCCAACUGCAUUUUUUGCCCUUGUGGUUAUUUACAUGUUUGUUAACAUUGCCUAUUUUGCAGUUGUUCCAAAGGAAGAAAUCGCAUCUUCUGGAAGAAUUUUGGCUGCUUCCUUUUUCCGUUACGCCUUUGGUAAGAAGGCUGAAACUGCUUCAUCAGUGUUUGUUGCCUUGUCUGCUUUGGGUAAUGUGUGUUCUGUCAUCUUCUCCCAAGGUAGAAUUAUUCAAUCUUUAGGUAGAGAAGGUACUUUGCCAUUUUCUCGUUUCUUUGCCACUCAAAAGCCAUUCAAUUCUCCAUUUGUUGGUUUGUUUCAACAUUGGAUUGUUUGUAUUGUUACCAUUGUUGCCCCACCUCCAGGUGACGCUUAUAACUUUGUUAUGAACUUGAUUUCCUACCCAUUGAAUGUUGUCAACACUCUUGUUGCUGCUGGUCUUUUGUGGCUCCAUUAUCAAAACUACAGAGGAGUAAGAGAAUGGAACCCACCUAUCAGGGCUUCUGUUCCUGUGAUUUUCUUUUUCUUCUUGUCAUCUCUUUAUUUGAUUGUUGCUCCAUAUAUUCCACCGACCCAUGGCCAAACUGUUUAUGAGCAUUUACCAUAUUGGAUCCACCCAGUUGUUACUUGGGGUAUUUUUGGUGUAGGUUUACUCUACUGGAUCAUGUGGGUUAAGGUAUUGCCUGCUAUUGGUGGUUACAAACUUGUUGCAAAGGAAGUUCUUGGUGAUGAUGGUUUCUGGAGAAAUAAGAUUUACAAGAUUUCAAACGAAGAAGCUAGUCAAUUCACUAGUGAUAUUGAACCUCCAAUUGCUACUAAUGAGAAAGAAUCCCUUUAG